AUGACUGGUGCUCCAUGCAGUAAUCCGGCAGUGGAACUUGACUCUGCACUCGGCGGCGACCUCGAUGCGACCAGCCUGUCUGCGAGCGAUAUCGAUUCCACCGGCCCUGACAUUCCUCACAUCCUACUUGAAGCGGACGCAUUCAUCACAAAAUAUGAAUUGUUCGAGAUGCGAGAUACUAUAAGGAAGGGAAUUUUAUUGUUCUAUCGUCCAUAUGGAAUUGCGGGGAUUGAAGAAGAUGAAUAUUUGGGAAAUGAGGGAAACCAGGGAGAUAUCAAGGGCAAACCGCCGGGCUCGGCAGUUUCCACAAGCAUAUGCUUCGCGGCGGGCUUCCUCCACGCUUUCUUAGAGUCUUCCUAUAAUCCGACAAUAUUUUACCCACACCCGGACGGAAAUUGGUCCUAUUGGGAGUCUGAGGGGCUCUGGUUUUGGGAAUACCCGAAAGGGUUCUGGGAAGCAGUUCUACUCUCCAGCAUUGUACACCUUAUAUCUGCAAUCCUUAGCUUUUGGCUUUCACUAAUCUUGAAUCGACACUGGGGUCGGCUUCGGGCGUUCCGCGUCGCAGCAGUCAUCGCUUUAGUAGCUUUUCUUGGAAAGUUCAUUUGCCCUGGUACAAUAGUUGCUUUUGUGGCUGACAUUUUCUGUGUCGUCUCAAUGGUGAUCUUGACUUCGACAGUACUUCUGUACAUUUCCGAGACCAGUGAAGCAUCAAAGCGAAGCCAUGCCAUGAAAAUAUGGUAUUUGUGA